CUUGGUGUGCAGAUAGUGAGAGCCUUCAUCAAUAACUUGCCAUCAUUACCUGCUAUCAUUUGAGAUUUGAUUCAAAUGGGGUUUCCUCGAAUCAGUUCCACACAACAUCCAGUUCCAGAUACUUCAUCUUUAUCCGCAUUUACUGCAAAUUCUGAUGAUGAUGAUGAUGAUGACAAAAUCUAUCUGUACAAUGAUAAAGGUGGUCACAAGUUCAAGAACUUUCUUCACAAAAUGCUUUGGGAUUUCGGGUUGUCAUGCUUUCUUCCAACAAUCAAGAAUAAGAAAGAUGAGAUGAAGAAGAAAAUGGUGAACAGUUUGGAGCAUAACAAGGCAUGGCUUCUUGCAGAGUCUGGAGGGUGUGUUUCUGAGCCACAUUCGGUUCACUCAUCUUUUAGGUUCAGUUUAUGUUCACAAGUGGAAGUUGAUACUAUGAGUGUUGGUUCUUCAUCUGGAACAGUUUUGAUGGUGAAUUUGGAUAAUGGGUUGAUUGAAUCAAAGUCUCAAGAACUUAAAUGGGGGAGGAUUGAGUCAUUAGAGAGGAGUAUUUCACCUGUAGCACAUAAUCUUGUUAGAUUUAGCUAUGGCGAAAUUCUUUCUGCCACUCGCAAUUUAUCUAAAGGAAGGAUUUUGGGGAGAGGAGCAUUGAGCUAUGUGUUUAAGGGAAGAGUGGGAAUCUUAAAAACUGCUGUGGCAAUCAAGAAACUGGACAAAGAAGAUAAAGAGGCUCCAAAGGCAUUUUGUAGAGAAUUAAUGAUAGCAAGUUCUCUUCACAAUCCUUUCAUCUGUCCCCUUGUGGGCUUUUGUAUUGAUCCAGAAGGAGGUUUGUUCUUAAUUUACAAGUAUGUUUCAGGUGGAAGCUUAGAACACUAUCUUCAUGAAACGAAGAAUCGUAAAAAUGGUAGAUCAAAACUUCCAUGGUCAGUAAGGUAUAAGGUUGCCAUUGGUGUUGCUGAGGCUGUGAGGUAUUUGCAUAAUGGGAGUGAAAGAUGUGUGGUUCAUAGAGAUAUUAAGCCUUCAAACAUCCUUCUUUCUUCAAGAAAAUCGCCUAAGUUGUGUGAUUUUGGAUUAGCGACGUGGACGUCCGCUUCCUCCGUUCCUUUUUUGUGCAAAACUGUGAAAGGGACAUUCGGGUAUUUAGCUCCUGAAUAUUUCCAACACGGGAAAGUAUCUGAUAAAACCGAUGUUUAUGCAUUUGGGGUGGUUCUUUUGGAAUUGUUAACUGGACGUAAGCCGAUUGAAUCAAGAAGAGGACCAGGAGAAGAGAACUUGGUUGUGUGGGCAAAGCCGUUAUUACGACAAGGAUCAAUAGAGAAACUAUUGGAUCCACGCAUCAAGUUCACUCAAAGAAACUUAGAUCAAAUUGCCAGGAUGAUACAUGCUGCAGAAGCCAGUAUAAACAACGACGAAUCAAAAAGACCAAAUAUUGAUGCAAUAAUUUCUAUUCUUAAAGGAGUUGAAGCAAACGAGAAAUUAACGAAAACACCUCGGACUUCUUUAUCUUCUAACAACUAUGUUACCGAUGGUUACCCUCAUAUUCAUCAAACAAAGAAUGAAAUGAAGUCUCAUUUAGCUUUGGCAAUGCUUGGUGUUUCAGAGUUUGAAGAUAAUCAGGAUAUUUUGUAUUGUCGUUGAUGUUAGUUAAAAUCGUUGAAGAAAACAUCCUACUUGAAGGCGCAAAUUUGUUUGAAUAUAACCAAGAGUACAGAAAGUCAAGAUAUAAAAGACUGAUCGAGUGUUUCGUAUAUACAUUUUGUAGCUGAAUCAUGGUGAAAGAAAUUACUUAUUUACAUGUUUA